GACGUUUGUAUUAGCUCAACUAUGCGUUUGAUGCCACUUUCAUAGCCAAAGCUUGAAACUUUUCCCUAUAUAUGAUUUGAGAAACCACUGAUUACUGGCAUUCCAUAAACAUUAAGGUACUAAUUGAACCUUUUGUUGUUAACGAUGAUGGUGUUUACAAAUCCCAAGUACAAAUCCUUUGUGGCUUCUCUGUUUCUUGUCUUUCUGCUUUCAUCUUCUUCUUGGGUUGAUUCAGCUUCUCUUGAGGAGAGUUUCCUUCAGUGUCUAAAUGAGAAUUCUCAAUUUUCUGUCCCUUACUCAUCUUUUUGUGCUCCAAACAAUGCUACAUUUAAUGCUCUUUUGCAAUCAACUGCUCAGAAUCUGAGGUACUUGGAGCCUUCAGUGCCAAAGCCUCUGUUCAUCUUCACCCCAUUGUUUGAUUCCCAUGUCCAGUCAGCUGUUAUUUGCUCAAAACAGCUCAAGAUUCAUCUCAGAGUUCGUAGUGGAGGCCAUGACUAUGAGGGCCUCUCUUAUGUGUCUGAAAUUGAGACACCUUUCAUUAUUCUUGACCUUGCCAAGCUUCGAUCUGUCAAAGUGGACAUUGAUGGUAAUAGCGCUUGGGUUCAGGCUGGGGCGACGAUUGGCGAGGUUUAUUACAGAAUUGCUGAGAAAAGUAAGGUUCAUGGCUUCCCAGCUGGUCUUUGCACAAGUUUGGGUGUUGGAGGUCAUAUAACAGGUGGUGCUUAUGGUUCUAUGAUGCGAAAAUACGGUCUUGGUGCUGACAAUGUUGUAGAUGCUCGGAUUGUUGAUGCAAAUGGGAGAAUUCUUAACAGAGAAGCCAUGGGAGAGGACCUGUUUUGGGCUAUUAGAGGAGGAGGAGGGGGGAGCUUUGGAAUCAUUCUGUGGUGGAAGCUAAAUUUGGUUCCUGUUCCAUCAACUGUGACUGUUUUUACAGUUGCAAAGACUUUAGAACAAGGUGCUACAAAAAUCCUGUACAAAUGGCAACAGGUUGCUGAUAAGCUAGAUGAAGAUUUGUUCAUCAGAGUGAUUAUAAAUGUGGCUGCAAAUGCUGAUAAAAAGGGUCAGAAAACUGUAAGUACAGCUUACAAUGCCCUCUUCUUGGGAGAUGCAAGCAGACUCCUCAAAGUUAUGGGAGAAAGCUUUCCUGAAUUGGGUUUGACAAGAAAAGAUUGCAUAGAGACAAGCUGGAUCAAAUCAGUUCUUUACAUUGCUGGUUACCCAAGUGGAACUCCACCAGAAGUGCUUCUCCAAGGCAAAUCAACUUUCAAAAACUACUUCAAAGCAAAAUCAGACUUUGUCAAAGACCCCAUUCCAGAAACAGGUCUUGAAGGGCUAUGGAAAAGGCUGUUUGAAGAUGAAAGUCCAUUGAUGAUAUGGAAUCCUUAUGGUGGAAUGAUGGGCAAGAUUUCGGAGACUGAGAUUCCAUUUCCUCAUAGAAGAGGAGUCCUUUUCAAAAUUCAGUACCUAACUACAUGGCAAAAAGGAGAGGAAAAUCAAGACAAACACCUACAAUGGAUCAAGAAGCUUUACAAUUACAUGACACCUUAUGUUUCUCAGCUUCCAAGAGAAACAUAUGUGAAUUACAGAGAUCUUGACUUGGGAAUUAACAAGAACAGCAACACAAGCUACAUUGAAUCAAUCGGAUGGGGAACUCGGUAUUUCAAAGAAAACUUUGGGAGAUUGCUGAGAGUUAAGACUAAAGUCGAUCCUGAUAACUUCUUCCGACAUGAACAGAGCAUUCCACCUAUUCCAACUUCUGAAAGUUUAAGAAGCUUUGGCUCUUCCAAAAGGGGAUUUGAUUAGAGUUUGAAGCAUCAUGUGUUUGUUUUUUCCUUCCCUUUGAACUCUGUAACUUUCUUGAUCUCUAAGUGCAAUAAGAUACUGAUAAAUCCUAUUAUGAAGUGAUGCAAUUAAACAAAAAAAUGAACCUUGGGAUUUUUCAAGAAACAAAUCAAUGUACAUCAGAACAACGACAAGA